CUGUGUAUAAAUCGUUUAAUUGUAAGCGCGCCUCGUUGUUUAAAAAAGUUUAUUUGUAUAGUUAUGAUAUCUUCUUGUAUUAUAUUUCACAAACCAUAAUAUAUCACACAAAUACAUCUAACAACAGGUGUACAGUAUGGAGUCUGAAGGUAUAGACGGGUUUGAACAAUACAUCUCAAAUAUAUCGAGUGACAGUGUCGUGAACAUGACCAACCAGUCAACACAAAACUGUGAUUUGAAUGACAAGUGUAUGCCAAUGGAUGUCUACAUUGAUUACAUGUACACGGAGGUACUAUACCCGGACACUGGAAAAUGGUUCCUGAUUAUCGCAUAUAUAAUAUCUUUUGUAGUCGGACUUAUCGGCAAUACCCUUGUAUGUGUCGUAAUAUGGCGCAACAGAGGGAUGCGGACGGUGACGAACAUAUUCAUUGUCAAUCUUGCCAUCGCAGAUAUCGCAGUUUUGAUUAUGUGUCUACCGAUGACAUUACUCGUUGACGUCACAUGGACAUGGUUCUUCGGUGAUGUCGUAUGUAAAGUAAAUCAAUUUACAAUGACUUCGUCGAUAUCUGUAUCCGUUCUUACACUUACGGCAAUAUCAUUAGAACGUUGGUACGCCAUCUGCCAUCCGUUGCGUUUCCAUAGCACCGUACGACGCGCUCGUAUCAUUAUCAUUGUCAUAUGGAUUGCCUCGGCUUGCUUCGCGAUGCCCGAAACCAUUGCUGCAAGAACUGAAAAGGAAUGGCCACAAGAAAUACUGUUUACACGGUGCUAUCCGGUUGAUCUCGGUGACCAGGGGCUGAUGAUCUGGCAGUUCGUACUCAUUGCUGCCCUUUAUUGUGUCCCUAUCAGCCUUAUGGGUUUCACCUAUUCCAACAUCGCCUUUAUCCUGUGUACGGGGCGGAUACCAAGAGAACCGCACACUCGUGCUCCGAUGUUGAAUGACAGGACUGGCAAUGACAACGAUGUUCAAAUUGAAUCACGCAAGAAAGCUGCAAAGAUGUUGUUUGCCAUCGUUGUUCUUUUCGCCGUUUGUUUCUUUCCGAACCACCUGUUAAAUGUCUUACGGUACGCUGGCGUGACGGAACAUGCGAAAGGGAUAGAAAACUUUGCGCUGGUAGCACAUCUGGCGAUCUUCUUAAACAGCUGCCUAAAUCCCAUCAUUUACAAUUUUAUGAGCGACAAGUUCCGGAAAGAAUUCCGGACUCUAAUACAGCACUGCUUCCGAUGCUACACGCCGGAUCAGCGCGUUAGAUCGACGUUCCCCAAUGGUUACAGGGUGACAUUUAGUGUCGGCAAUAACAUGAAUAUCAACAUGACACACUCAACAACGGCCGUGUCGCAAGUCGUGCCAUCAUGAAAAAAGACAAUAACUAUUGAUGCUUCAUUCGAUGUUGCUUUUAUAAGUAGUAUGGUUAGUAAGCAAAAUUAACACACUUAUAUAUGGGUUACAUUAAAUCA